AUGAUUUUAUGCAAAUUAACUUUUUUUAAAUUUUCAAAAUAUAUUGUAUAUUUAUACAUUGUGUUAUUGUCUCUCUCUCUCUCUUUUUUUUAUUUUUCUCUCUCUCUUUUUUAUUUUUGUCUCUCUCUUUUUUAUUUUUGUCUCUCUCUUUAUUUUUGUCUCUCUCUUUAUUUUUGUCUCUCUCUUUAUUUUUGUCUCUCUCUUUAUUUUUGUCUCUCUCUUUAUUUUUGUCUCUCUCUUUAUUUUUGUCUCUCUCUCUCUUUAUUUUUAUUUUGUCUCUCUCUUUUAUUUUUCUCUCUCUCUCUCUCUUUUAUUUAUUUUUGUCUCUCUCUUUUUAUUUUUUUUCUCUCUCUUAUUUUCUCUCUCUCUUUCUUUAUUUUUGUUUCUCUCUCUUAUUUAUUUUUUGUCUCUUAUUUAUUUAUUUUUCUCUCUCUUUUUUUUUUUUCUCUCUCUUUUUUUAUUUUUGUUUUUGUCUCUCUUAUUUAUUUUUGUCUCUCUUAUUUAUUUUUGUCUCUUUUUUAUUUUUGUCUCUCUUAUUUAUUUUUGUCUCUCUUAUUUAUUUUUGUCUCUCUCUAUUUAUUUUUGUCUCUCUCUCUUAUUUUUGUCUCUCUCUCUUAUUUUUGUCUCUCUCUCUUAUUUUUGUCUCUCUCUCUUAUUUUUGUCUCUCUCUUUGUUUAUUUUUUUUUUUGUCUCUCUCUCUUAUUUUGUCUUUUUUUUUUUGUCUCUCUCUUAUUUUGUUUGUCUCUCUUUUUCUCUCUCUCUUUUUGUUUCUCUCUCUCUCUUGUUUUGUCUCUCUCUUUUAUUUUGUCUCUCUCUCUUUUUCUCUCUUUUAUUUUGUCUCUCUCUCUUAUUUUGUCUCUCUCUUUUUUUUUCUCUUUGUCUUUGUCUCUCUUAUUUUUGUCUCUCUCUCUUUUUGUCUUUUUUUUUUUUGUCUCUCUCUCUCUCUUUUUUUUUUUGUCUCUCUCUCUCUUUUUUGUCUUCUCUCUUAUUUUGUCUCUUUCUCUUAUUUUCUCUCUCUUUUUUUUUUUGUCUUUUUUUUUUUGUCUCUCUCUCUCUUUUUUUUUUUGUCUCUCUCUCUUUUCUCUCUCUUUUUUUUUUUUUGUCUGUCUCUCUCUCUUUUUUAUUUGUCUCUCUCUCUUUUUUUUUUUUCUCUCUCUCUUUUUUUUUGUCUGUCUCUCUCUUUUUUUUUUUGUCUGUCUCUCUCUCUCUUUUUUUUUUUUCUCUCUCUCUUUUUUUUAUUUUGUCUGUCUCUCUCUUUUUUUUGUCUUUUCUUUGUCUGUCUCUCUCUCUCUUUUUAUUUGUCUGUCUCUCUCUCUUUUUAUUUGUCUGUCUCUCUCUCUUUUUAUUUGUCUGUCUCUCUCUCUUUUUAUUUGUCUGUCUCUCUCUCUUUUUAUUUGUCUGUCUCUCUCUCUUUUUAUUUGUCUCUCUCUCUUUUCUUUUGUCUGUCUCUCUCUCUCUUUUUUUUGUUUGUCUCUCUUUGUCUCUCUCUCUCUCUUUUUUUAUUUGUUUGUCUCUCUCUCUCUUUUUUGUUUCUCUCUCUCUCUCUCUCUUUUUAUUUGUCUGUCUCUCUCUCUUUUUAUUUGUCUGUCUCUCUCUCUUUUUAUUUGUCUGUCUCUCUCUCUUUUUUGUCUGUCUCUCUUUCUUUGUCUCUCUCUCUUUUUUUUGUCUGUCUCUCUCUUUUUAUUUGUCUGUCUCUCUCUUUUUAUUGUCUGUCUCUCUCUUUUUUGUCUCUCUCUCUUUUUUAUUUGUCUGUCUCUCUCUCUCUUUUUUUCUAUUUGUCUGUCUCUCUCUCUCUUUUUGUCUCUCUGUCUCUCUUUUGUUUGUCUGUCUCUCCUCUCUAUCUAUCUAUCUAUCUAUCUAUCUCUCUCUCUAUCUAUCUCUAUUUGUCUUUUUUUUUUUUUUUUUUUUUUUGCUUCAACCGCUCUAUCUACGGGAUUUCUUCAGGUGUUUGCUAGUAAUAGGAUUCCAUUCACUGUCUCCGGUAAAGGGAAACUAACCAAACUGAAAUGUUGUGAAGAAGCCGAAAGUAAUGAGGGGAUUAAUUUUUAUUUAUUGUGA